GGCGGCGGGCGGAGCGUGACGGAGCGUUCGGGUCCUCCUAUUGGCCGUCAUCCUCUCUCGCCCCACCAGCAGCCGUGUACUACUGCAGUACUGUUCGUAGUACUCAGUGUGUGCUAUUUGUGGUCGUGUUAGCCGUUAGCAGCUGUAGGGGGCGCUGCUCUGUUGCUGACCCGGACCCCUGACCUUUGAGGGCGGGGCGGCAGGAGCGACUCCGUCAGAAAACCAGUUUGAACCUGUUUUGAAGUGACACACUGAACGUCACACCUCCACCUGCCAGGCGGAGUGUUGCUGGGAAUCUCAAGGCGCCAGUUCGCCGGACGGUCGGGGGCCCUGUCCGUCCGCCUCGGGGCCCCUGGAUGGUUGGACUCGCCAGGCGAUGGCCGCAGCGGUUUCUUGGAGAUGCCAGAGAUUCUCGAGUUAGCAGCAGCUUCACCGUGAAACCUGCUCGUCUGCGGUGGAGCGUGAAGAGCGCCUGAUCAAAAACAAAACGCCUGCUUUGAAAAUGAAUAUCGGCCUCGUCUUGGGUAUGAAUCGACCUGCGGCUGGCGUAGCAUUUCAACGUUAAACAAAACGUCCGCCGCCUUCCACAGUCGCCUGCGAAUCCGCUGGGAGAAGCAGCUCAUUUGAAAAUGUAGCUGGUCCCCAAGGCCGGGUUGUGUUUUAAGCGGCUAACGGCUAGUUAGCAGCUGACAGUUAGCUAGCGGCUAACGGUUCGCGGUGGCGUUGGGCUAGUGCUGGGCGAAGCAGGGGUGCGAUGGAGUACCACUCCGGUGGCAGCCUGCCCCUGCUGGGCAGACCGCGGUACUGCGCCGGGCCCAACGCCAACGGAGGAUACCUGUGUGAGACAGGACACUGCUGUGGAGAGACCGGCUGCUGCACCUACUACUACGAACUCUGGUGGUUCUGGCUGCUGUGGACCGUCCUCAUCCUGUUCAGCUGCUGCUGUGCGUACCGUCACCGCCGAGCCAAACUCCGAGUGCAGCAGCAGCAGAGACAGAGAGAGAUCAGCCUGCUGGCCUACCACGGAGCCAGCUACCACACCUCCAUGCUGGACCUGAGUUUCCUGGCGUCCCUCAAGCUUCCCUCCUAUGAGGAAGUGGCGGCGCAGCCCUCCACGCCCCCGCCCCCCUACAGCUCGGUGUUCACCACCCCCCGCUACCCGCAGCCCCCCCGCACCACCGACCCCCAUCUGCACACGCAGCACGGGCCCCUGCUGCACCGGCCCCUCAGCGACGGGCCGUCCUCGCUUAGCUCGGACAACAGCUCCAGUUGUUCCUGUGACUCCUGCUGUCCCUCCUCUCCAUGUAGCUCCUCCCUCUCGGCGCCCGUCACCUACGAGACUGACACAAGCCACGCCUCCACGCCCAGCGAGGCCGCACCCCUCACUCUUGACGUCACCAUAGAGACCAUGGCCUCUGCCGCAGCCUGCCUGGAAGCCGUUGAGACGCAUCUGGUGUCUGACAUGACGACGCCUGGCGCUGCAGGCGAAGAUGUCGGCGGGGACGGGGGUGAUGUUACAGCGCAAGAAGCCACCGCCACAGGCCUGUCGGCGGCGGUCAAGCAGACUGUAACAGUUGCAGUUGUUACCAGGGCGGCUUCCCCUCAGCCGCUGGCAUCUCCUGGCUCAGCAGAGCUUCUUGCCGCUGGAACGUCGUCUCCUGUAGUGCAGCAGCUUGACCCGGCAUCGUGCAUCCCGAUGCUCAGCACCUGUAGCACAAAUACAGUCACCAGCACCGUCAACACCUCGGUUCCCACCACUCUAACAACAAUUACUGAAGGUCCCACAACCCCCCCCAGUCCGAUCCAAAAAAUAACCCUGAAUCCUUGCUCUUGUACGGCAGUACCCAGCACCUCUGAGGCCCCUGCAGCCACCUCGACCCUAGAUCUAGCCUUAGAUGCAGCCAAUGGUGGUAGUAGCCCGACCUCAGAGUUGUCCCCAGUCAUUGGCAAGGCUUUGACACCAAUCACCAGCUCUACCACCUCCAACUUAAACCCCACCCUUGCUCCAGACGGUGCACCUUCACCCAGUCCUACCCUAACUCCCGACCUGGAUUCCACCAUACCUACAUUGAAUCCCUUAACCCUGAACCCAGAACGAUUGCCCAGCUCAGUUCAGGCCCUGGAUCAUCCUGACUCAGCGUUGGUCAUCUUCUCAAGCACAGAGGCAGGUGCUGGCCGAACCCUUAUCGUGGAUCCAUCUCCAGUGCUGGCUGGUUCAGAUCCUUCCAUGGUCCUAUCUCGAAUUCCAGAGUCAGAUUUAAACAGUCCUUUGCCGUCAGAUACCCAGCCCUGUUCUUGUCCUGGAUCUGGUCCCCUGUCUCCUCCUGGUACUCCAGUCCUCUCCCUCCCAGCCCCAGCCUCCUCGUCCUCUUCCUCUUGCCCAGCCAUAACAGUAGACCCUGAAUCUUCUUUCACACCUGCCCAGUCUCCUUCUCCAUCAGUGCUCACCUCCUCCAGUCCUCCCCUCACCUCCCCUCCAGCUCCGGCUUUACUCCUGGACCCCCUAACUGCUCUGCAUCAGUCCGACCGGGCCUCCUCUUCCUCUGGGCAUGCCUCCUCACUCUCCCCCUCACCUCGUGCCACACAGUCCCCCCCAAAACAGACUCUGUUUUCACCUUGUGUCGACGUCUUUGAGCCGGGACCUCCAAGCUGGGGAGAGGACGGGGAGGACCAGCAGGAGGACGAGGAUGUGGAUGACGAAGAGGAGGACGUGGGAGCUGAUGAGAGCCAGUACAGACACAGGCGACUGACCGGCGACUCGGGGAUUGAAGUGUGCAGGUGUCAGGUGGAGGAGGAAGAAGAAGAGGAAGAGGAAGAGGAGGGUGAACGACAGGAGGACGGCAGGCGAGGAGGUGGUGGAGGAAAUGGAGGCGAGAGAGAUAAAAGAGGAAGCGGCGUUUCUGACCUCCAUGACAGCGUUGACUGCCCUGCCAGAGGUCAAGUGACCACAGGGGCGGAGCUUACACUGUGUAACCCAGCCCCAACCGUGAUGCCGUCGCCCAAGGACGGCGGUGAUGUUGUCAUUGUCAUGGAGACGGUGUGAUUGAGAGGGCGGCGGAUCGAACCAUUUGUCAUCCAAGACGAGGGGUGAACACGAGGAAAUGACGGACGGAAUCCACUCUCAGAAACUGUUUUUAGGGAUCGCUCUGCGGAAAGGGGGAGGUUAUGAACGCAAAUGGUUGUGAAAGAGGCGCUACAUUUAGGGAGUUAAUCAGACCAGCACAGACAACAGAUGGGUAGCAAAAAAUGCUUGACAACAUGGUUUGUUAAACCGUGAGUUGGAACCUGAAAUGGGCCAUGGGUCAAUGUCCGGUGGGUUUCCGCACCACAGCACUAGUAUGUUUUGGAACAUUAAGACUUUUAGUCAACAGUUUGUGAAACAUCAAGAAAAAUUGGCGUUCUAUUUAUGACUCUAAGUGUAUCUCUUGGUGGAAAAUGUUCAUUUACUUUGAUCCCAAGAGGCUUUACAGUUGCAACCACGUUUGGUGCCAUCAUACAGAUCCACCGGAGGCCAAAGUUCAAGACGUCUCAAUCUUUAAGAAGCAGCUAAGAAACAGAGCUAGCUGAAGC